AUGGUACAUGGUUAUGAUGAGGAUGAUGGUCCAAAUUAUGAUGAGGAUGGGUUUGAUACUGAUGUUGAAGUUGCAAAUGAUAAUGAUAUGACUGAGAAUGAAGUUGCAAGUGACAAUGAUAUGGCUGAGAAUGAAGUUGCAAGUGAUCAUGAUAUAGAUGGGAAUGAAGUUGACAGAGAAGAUGUUGAGGCUGAGACUAAACAUGUUGAUGUUGGAAUAGAAAAUGAUGAUGAAGAAGAUGAAGACUAUGUUGCUGGCUGUGAGUUAGGUAGUUAUUCUGAGGAGGAAUUUCAGUUUGGUGAUCAUGAUGACAAUGAUGAAAAUAUGGAAUAA